CACGUGUGGCAACCUUCACACCCCACCCUGCAGAUGUUGAGAGUGUGGGCGUGAGGUCUGGUCUGGGAGUUAGAAGACCUGGGAUCUUGCCCAGCUCUGCCAUUCAGCCACCUCUGUGACUUGGGCCAUGUCAGUGGCCCUCUCUGGCCUCAGUUUCCUCUUCAUGAAAUGGGAAUUAUGCCUAUUUUACCUGCCUAGCAGGUAUGUGUGCAAUUUAAAAAAAACCCCUGCACAUUUCAACUGAGGUCAUGGGUAGAAAAGCUCUUGAAAAAGAGGGAAUGCAUUCUAUGAGGUGACAGGAGGACUGAGAAUCCCAUUUUGUCCUUGUCCCCGAGACCAACUCUCUUUCUUUGCUCCCAUCUCACCCGCAGACAGCAGGGCAGGGAGCUGCCGCGCUGAUGCCAAGGGGCCUCCAGGGAUGGAGAGUGGCCUGGCUGGCGCCAGCACAGGAGAUGGGCUGCUGAUGAAGAUCAAGCAAGAGAAGCCGGAGUGGCUGCUGCAGACGUCAGUGCCGCAGGGCGCCCUUUCCGAGAAGGAUAAGGAAAACAUUUUCCAGCAGCAUCGGGGCCUCCCGCCAUGCCAGACCAUGGGGAAGCCUCGAGCCUUAGGGAGACAGGAGGAGACCGGGGGUCCAAGGUGGGCGCCUCCCACUGAGCAGGACCGAGGGCUAGCCGGUAGGGCUCCAGGGGCAGCCCCUGGCCCCCUGAACCCCGCUCCUUCUGCUGGCGAGGGUCACUUUGUGUGCCUGGACUGCGGGAAGAGGUUCAGCUGGUGGUCGUCCCUGAAGAUCCACCAGCGCACCCACACCGGGGAGAAGCCGUACCUGUGCGGCAAGUGCGGCAAGAGCUUCAGCCAGAAGCCCAACCUGGCGCGCCACCAGCGGCACCACACUGGCGAGAGGCCCUUCUGCUGCCCCGAGUGCGCCAGGCGCUUCAGCCAGAAGCAGCACCUGCUAAAGCACCAGAAGACCCACUCUCGGCCCGCCACCCUCUCGUGCCCCGAGUGCGAGCGCUGCUUCCGCCACCAGGUGGGCCUCCGCAUCCACCUGCGCGCGCACGCCCGGGACCGCCAGGGCGCCCGCGCCAGCCUCCACGACCUGCUCCGGGACGCCGCGGCCCGCAGGGGCCGUCGCCUGCGGACGGGGCCGCCGCGGGGGCGCCCCGAGUGGGCCUGGCUGGGCCUCUGCCAGGGGUGGUGGCGCCAGCCCGAGGCCCGGACCGCAGUCCCCGCCGCGGCGGGGCCGGGCGAGCAGCGCCAGUUCAUCUGCAACGAGUGCGGCAAGAGCUUCUCGUGGUGGUCGUCGCUGAACAUCCACCAGCGCAUCCACACGGGCGAGCGGCCUUACCCGUGCCCCGAGUGCGGGCGCCGCUUCAGCCAGAAGCCCAACCUCACGCGGCACCUGCGCAACCACACGGGCGAGCGCCCGCACCCCUGCCCGCUCUGCGGCCGCAGCUUCCGCCAGAAGCAGCACCUGCUCAAGCACCAGCGCACGCACCUCCGCGGCGCCCAGGCGGCGCGCUGCCCCAGUUGCGGCCAGAGCUGCCCAAGCCCCGCGGCGCUGCGGGCCCACCAGCGCGCGCACGCCGCCGCCGAGGCCGGGCUGGGCGCCGCACCGCGCUCGGAGCCCCAGGCCCAGGGGCCCCCGGGCCUGUCGGCGCCGCCGCGCAGCCCCCAGCCGGCGCGGGGUGCUGGGACCGUGCUGUGGGGCCGAGCGCGGGCGGGCCUGGCCGGGCCCGGCGAGCAGCGCCAGUUCAUCUGCAACGAGUGCGGCAAGAGCUUCUCGUGGUGGUCGGCGCUCACCAUCCAUCGGCGCAUCCACACGGGCGAGCGGCCCUACCCGUGCCCGGAGUGCGGGCGCCGCUUCAGCCAGAAGCCCAACCUCACGCGCCACCGGCGCAACCACACAGGCGAGCGGCCCUACCUGUGCGCCGCCUGCGGCCGCGGCUUCAGCCAGAAGCAGCACUUGCUCAAGCACCAGCGCGUCCACCGGGGGGCCCUGGCGCCUACCCCCAGCGCCAAGGACGAGGCGCUUUAGCGCGCCUGGACUCCAGCAGACCCCCCAGGGGGUGCUUGCGGGGGUGCGGGUGGGGAGUGGGGAAUGGUCAGGAAUAGUGGCUUUUAGGACCCCGGGGGGUAAGACGCUAUCAAAAGGUGGUUUCCUCAAGGCUCUGAAGGCCUGAGAACAGAAUUCCAGAAGCAUCCCGUAGGGGGAACGAGAAAGUUCCGGGGCGGGCAGAAGGAGGAAGUAAGAUCAAAUAUUCUUCGCCUUGGAGCCUCCGCCUGUAUAGUUCCUCAGAGGCGGGACCCCAGCCCUCAGGCACCGAGUGACUGGGCUGUGGGUGCUCUGGGAGAGGCUCCUUGGUGUGAAAUGGCCCAGGCCUGGACUGGUCAGCUGUAGCACCAGCGUGUCACACUCGGGCUGUGGGAUGGCCAGGGGCCGUCCCCGUGGGAGAGUCUUCACAGACUCACAGACACCGAGGAUGGAAGCCAGAAGCUGUGACUGAGGCGGGGCAAGCGUAUUCACAGUGCCAAGGGCAGGCCCUGCACUUAACGGCCAUUCAGUACAUUUUUGGAAGGAGUGAAUGGUUCCAUGGUCCUUAACCCCGAGUACCCUGCUGCACAGAGUACGGGACCCUAGGCUGCCCUGACCCUAGGACUGGUAUGUGUGUGGUGGUCAGGGGCUGGGGCACAAGGAGGGUGGUCUCAGCUGAGGUUUGGUGGCUUGAGGAGGGACUGCGGCAGGAGAGAGCUAAAUGUGCUGCUCCUGCUUGUGGGCUGGGGCCUGCCAUGUGGCUGAUUGGCAAACUUGGAUCCUUAUCAAUGGCGGUGUUGCAGAAGAGGAAAAUGAAGGAUUGACUGUCUCA